AUGAACUAUGUCGUACAUUCCGGGGCCACUCGCCGGAAAAAGAAAGGCUACGCACGUAUUCAAGUAUUCACAGAUGUAUCCCACAUUCCGACUGACCCUACAUCGUCCUACGAGCUGGAGUGCUCAAUCUCCGAACGUGUUUCAGAAAAGAAAAUGAACCAACUCGAAAUUUUCCGUGACAACGGACUUGGCCUGUUAGUCGCUCUUGGGCUCUCGUGGGCAAUUUGGGUCAGUUUAUCGCCGAAGCAGCGAUAUAAUGGGGAGCUGUUCAACGAUCGAAAACCGUUCGAAUGGUUCUACGGCAAUGCAAAAAAAAGGUUCCUGAAUGAUGGGGGAAAUAUCCUAAAAAUGACAACCCGCGAAGUCGAAAUGAUCCUCGGCCCUAAGUAUUGGCAAGAAAUUCACGACGACAGGUUUGACAUGGCUGAACGUAUAGACCAGAUGUUGCAUGCAAAUGUACCCGGGUUCGGGGUGAUUAAGCAAGACCCAGAGGCGAACAAGAUAUUUUCAGCUACUUUUCAGAGCAGGGCGGUCCGUGAGAUCGGUGAGUGGGAGACUUUCAUCCCCCAUGUUUGGAGUUCAAUGCUCAUUGCUUUCUUUGCGAGUUAUCAAGGGAACUUUCUUGUUCCGCUUUCCGACGAGAUUAUCCACUACCUCAAAACGCAGUGGACAGACAUCACAGAUUGGCAUGCAAUUAGUUUAUACCCGAGCAUAGUAGACUUGGUAGCACAGGAGACAUCCAGGCUGUUUUUAGGGCCUGAGCUAUGUCGCGACCAGCACUGGUUGCAGACUAUAGAGAAGUACCUUAACAGUUUCUUUGCUGGUAUUGAUCUGCUUGACUCGUGCACGCCGAUAUUCCGGCCUAUAGUCGCCAAGUUCUCGCCAACCGGCAAGCGAGUGCGCUCCAACAUGGCAGAGGCAAGCAGGGUGCUAUCCCGUUUCAUCUCAAAAAGACGGGCCCAGGACGCACGCGGAGAAACCCAUAAUGACCUGCUGCAGUGGUUUGAUGAUGGAGCUCGUGGUGCUCCAUACGACCCUACCAUCUUCAUACUGAGAGCCUUCCUUGCGGCGAUCCAUUCAACCUCGGACCUUCUUACAAAGACACUUUUUGAGAUCUGUGCGCACCCAGACCUUAUUGAUGAUCUUCGUGAGGAGGCAGCUCGGGUCUUCAAGCAACAUGGUCUGAAAAAGACCGCCAUAUACGAACUUAGAUUGAUGGAUAGUGUGAUCAAAGAGACCCAGCGUAUUAAGCCGCUGCAAACGACUGAUGCCAAAUUAUCUCCCCCAGCGGCCUGUGCCCGUGUGCUCUUGGAGAACGUUAAAUUAUCUGAUGGCCUAGAAAUCCCAAAAGGAACGCCAAUUCGGCUCUCGAAUCGCAACAUGUGGGAUCCUGAAGCAUCCGAUUAUUCUAAUGCGGAUCAAUUUGACGGCUACAGGUUCUAUAAACUGCGGAAACUUUCUGGUCAUGAACAGAAGUCCCAACUCGUGACAGUGAGUGCCAGUCAUACGGGUUUUGGGGUUGGAAAGCAUGCGUGUCCCGGGCGAUUCUUUGCCGCCACAGCGAUGAAGUUGAUUUUAUGCCAUAUUUUACUUAAUUAUGAUAUUAAAUUCCCGGAUGGACAAAGCCCGAGAACACUGUGGCGCGCAGAAGCGCAGAUUCCAGACGCUGCGUUUCAAGUUGUGGUGAGACGACGCAAAGAGGAAUUCGACUUGUCUAGCCUCCUUCAGGCUGUUAAUUAA